AUGAGCUACGAAUCACGAGGUUACUAUCGAUCGCGACAAGACGGCAACAAUUACGGUCGAUCUGGUGGAGGAGGACGCUACCGAGACGAUCGCCGUGGUCCCCGAAGACGCCGAUCACCUGCAAGAGAUGACGACGUGGAAGACAUUGAAGUUCGAUUGCGUGGUUUGAUUAUCAAGAUUGGUGACAAAAUUUCACCAGAGCUUCAAGUGAAUUUGAACAAGAUGAAGAAUAUCCUCGAUAACGACUAUGCAAAGUAUCCUGACACUGUGCAAGACACCUUGAAGGCAUGCAUCACCGAAUUGCCAGCAAAAGCACCCGUGUAUGGUACACUCCUUGGAUUGCUCAAUGUAUCCAGCCAUGAUCUCGUCAGCAAGCUCAUGUAUCUCAUCAACGAUAUGCUCAAGCAAACGGUCGCAGAAGCCAAUUGGAUCAAGCUCAAGCAAAUCAUGAGAUUUUAUGGUGAAUUGGUCAAUGCCAACGUCAUCUCUCCCACAUCUUACUGCGGAUUGAUCAACGAUCUCUUGUCAGUGUUGAACGAGCCUAAUGAAUAUCGACGUCGUGCGGAUUGCAUGGUGUAUAUUGUUUUAUCGACGCUUCCUUGGAGUGCAAAGCAGCUUUCGGAGCAAACCAUUUCCAAUUUCGAUGACAUUUUGCAACGCAUUGAAGACUACAUGAACCGACGACCCGCCCUUCCUUCACUGGAUAUCUUGAAGUGCUACAGAUCGGGCAUUGUCGACAGCACACAGGAUGCUCUCGCACAUCUUUGGGAACUCAUUAAGCAGCUUCGUAGCAAAGAAUGGGAGUUUGCAUUUAUCCCAAGACUCUACAAUUGGUUUGAAAGCGAAUUUAGUUCGGCAGUCCAGCAUGAUAUACCUCGAGUCGAGCUACCUGAGCACACAGAUUUAAGUGAAUACAUUAGCCCCGAAAAGCCUUUCAAGAUCCACGUGGAUGAUGCUGGUGUGUCACUUCCCAAUGUGCCAGAUCACAAUGGUCUCGAAUACUUUGUGCUCAAUGACGUGAUCUCCGAUAUUCUACGUAUCUUUGAACCCAAUCGCAAGGAGUGUGGCAAGUACUUGCUCGCUGUUGGUAACAGCUUUGAACCUGGUCAUUUCCGAUCUACACACAGCAACGAGCGUGAUCGUGAUGGAGACGAGAACAUGGAUGAGGAUGCACAGGGAUGGUGUUUGGCUGAUAUACUCCUUGAGGUGAUCAUGUCACAAAUGCUCAAGCUUCCCUCAUCACCCUAUCCUCAAGUGUAUUACACCUGCAUUAUGGCCGAGCUUUGCCGCACAGAGACCAGCACUUUCCCGUUAGCUCUUGGAAGGGCAGUCAAAAUCAUGUUUGAUCGAUUGGCAGAUAUGGAUACAGAAUGCGUCUAUCGACUUUCUUGCUGGUUUGCACAUCACUUGAGCAAUUUCGGUUUCCAGUGGGAUUGGGCUUCAUGGGAUAGCGUUCUUUCAUUAGAACCAAGCCAUCCUCAAGUUUGCUUUAUUCGCGAGACGAUUGGAAAGUUGAUCCAUCUCAGCUAUUAUGAACGCAUCAAGAGCAUCAUUCCAGAAAACUUGCAUGGAUUGGUUCCCCCAACUGCACCAGCACCCAGCUUUGCCUACCAAAGCGCAGAGCAUCCACAGCAUGAAGCUGCCAGGGAGGUCAUUAGCACACUUCGAGCCAAGAAAUCCACAGAUGAUGUACAGGCUUUAUUGGAUCGUAUCAAGGAGCAGCAUAGCACCGAUGCCCAAGAACAAGAACGAUUCAUGCAAGAAUUAUUUACACAAUGCAUGCUCUUUGUGGGUAGCAAGAGUUUCUCACACGUGCUGAAUGUGGUUGAAAGAUAUCUUGAAGUCUUGAGAUACGUCAAUUCGUCUCCUGAGGCACGUCUUCGCACUGUACAAAUUGCAGCUGCAUUCUGGAAGGAUAAUACACAGUUCCUAGGCAUUAUCUUGGACAAGCUACUUAACUACCGUGUCAUUGAUCCUGCCAGCAUCAUCACGUGGGUGUUUGAAACACAACAAGCUGAUAGCGCUUACCGUUUCUAUGCAUGGGAGAUUCUACAAAACACAAUGAGCAAGGUCGUGGCUCGUGUGGGACAAGUACGAGUCAAGUUGGAGGAUGCAGAAAAGACCCACAAGGAAAAUGAAGCAAAGCGUGCCCAAGAAGAAUCAAAUGAAAUGGCACAAGCUGAAGCACAACAAGAAUUGGAUACUUUGCGCAUUAUUGAGAAUUCCUUGAACACUGUUUGCCGAGAACAAAAGGAAGUUUUCAUGGCAGCUUAUCAGCGAUUUGUACAAACCUUGCAAGACGCAUUGGCUCCCUUCCCCCCACACGAACGUGAUACACAAUUGACAUGGAAUUAUCGAUGGAUCUUUGGCUGGUACCGGGAAAGCAUGCGAAAGUACUACAAGGAGAGCGGUGGUUUCCUAGUAACACUCGAGAGCGUGGUGUUUACCAACCAAGUGGAUGAGAGUAUCACUAGUGUAUUUAACGAUGUCAAGCAGUUGAAUGAGCUUACUACAGCUACUGUUUAA